UUGUUUGCCCCUGAUAUUUGGAAAGCAUUCAAAAGGCCACAUCCUUCUGUUGCCCUUCCUCCCAGGCUACCAUCUGUAACAAAGACACCUACAAGGCUAUCAUCACACUCUUUUACUCCCACACAUAAGAGCAUUCACGCAUACAGUUUCAAUCAACAAGUAUGUUAGUCAAGGCAAGUUUCAUCACCGCCAGCCUCUCCAUGGGCGUCCUGGCGCACGCUCACAAGGAAGCACAUGGAGCCCAACCCUCUGCCACACCCAUUCUCCUCGCCCAGCCCCCUCAGUCAACUACUGAACCUGCCUCACCUGUUGGGACCCCAAACCCGGCACCAAAGCUCACUGAUGAUGCAGCCAAGAACGCUGCCAUCCUUGAUGCUCUCAAGACACUCCAGGACAAUGGCUACACCAUCAGCAAGUCUGAUGUCUGCAGCACAGCUCCAUCCACUACUGUUUCUUCCAGCACGUCUACCAGUGUCAACGUCAAGGUCAACGUCAAGAACUCCGUCACAAUCAUCAACGGUAUUGCGUUCACCAAUGACCAACCUUCUGGCGCUCCUGGCACUGAAGGCACGCCUGUCUCCGAUGGCACAGGUACUGGAACGACUGGUCUACCCGGUGGCGGUGGCAACUCCGGCUCCGACUCUGGCUCGAACGGUCAAUCUGGCGGUAACUCAGGCUCCGGCUCCGGCUCAGGCUCGACUGGCCCAACUGGUUACGUGGUCACUUCGUCUACGAAAUUCGCUGGACAAGUCUCUACCUACGGAAGUACGACUACGACUGUAAAUGGCGGCACACCUGGCUCACCUAACGGCACACCUGGCUCACCUGACGGCACACCUGGCUCACCUAGCGGUACACCUGGCUCACCUGACGGCACACCUUCUGCAUCUGACUGCUGGUUCUCUCUCUCGGCCGAUGGUGUCAGCCUUGAGCCUUCACAAACGACCGACGGCGCACAGGAUGUCAAGUUCAAGAUCCAAAAGGACAGCCUUGUGGACCAAACAGGAAAUGUCUGUGGCGUCCUCAACAACCAGCUUGCUUGCCAAUCUGCCGAUGCUGCCGCUGCCGCUGGCCUUGUCACGACAACCUUUGCCGUCGACAACAACGUCCUCUCAUUCAACGCCAACCCACAAUUCUUCGUGUGUGCCGGCGCUACUGACGGCACUAUUCCUCCUACUCCCUCCUCGACUCCUGUGCCAGUCGACCAAGUCACUAUUCCCGAAACUGGUGCUACUGGUCUCGAUGGAGCGAAUGCCGCUUCAGAGACUCCAGUCCCUACUCCUCUUGCUGAUGCUGCUACGUCUGGUCAGCCUGUCUCAUCUCCCAUCCCUGUCGCUCAACCCGCCCCUGGAGCCUCAGCUCCUUCCCUCAACCUCUACACGAAGAACAUUGACGGCCUUCAGUGCACACCUGUGACAUUCAAGGUUAUCAUGGACGCCUCAUGCUCAUCUGGAUCUACCAACCCAGCCGGUGGAGACCCCAAGCUGUCGGACGGCAGCGUCCUUCCAAAGGCCAACAAGAGUGCCGCCAUGCCCGGCAGCACUGUCUCCAUGACCUUCGCUGCGGCUAUGAUCACGGCUGUGGCCAUGAGUCUUCUGUUCUAAGUGCCCCGAUCAGUUCUCUCUCUCUUCUUAUACCCUCCACUUUCGUAAUACUUUCGAUCAUUACCCAUUACUCAUUCGUCCUCUUUAUAUUCUCUCUCCAUCUGAAGUUGUGACUUGCGGCUGACCGUUGUAUCUGACGUCUCCACUCACAAGCAGCACAUACAUUACAGCUGCCUUGAGCGCGCCCGUCUGGCAGUCUCUUACACAAGACGAACUUUUCACAGUCUCCCUAGCCGGCUUCUUCAAGC